AUAUAUCUCCACAAACCAAAAAGCAAAAUGAUAGAACAUGGGUAAGCUUAGAUCUUCCAGUGUUUCUUUUCACUCAAUUUGUAUGAGCAUUUGUACGAUUUAUGGUAUAUUUUUGUCAUCAAAUCUCAUCACUGUGCAAGGAUUUGAUUCUUUGCUUCAGCUCCCACGAUCUGGGGCUUCUAGAGACCGACCCAGAUCAAAGAAAGCUCUCUAUGUCGAUGAUUUUGGUGCAAAAGGCGAUGGGUUCAGUGAUGACACUAAGGCUUUUGCAGAUGCUUGGAAGACAGCCUGUUCUUUCUCUUCACGGUCAAAAAUCGUGGUUCCAUUGGGAAGCACCUAUCUGGUCCGACCAACUAAUUUUGCCGGGCCUUGCCGAUCGAGGGUUACUCUGAGGAUCUCUGGUACUAUUGUUGCUCCCAAAGAUCCUAGUUAUUGGGAUGGUUUGAAUCCAAGAAAAUGGCUCUAUUUCCAUGGGGUGAACCACCUCACAGUAGAAGGUGGAGGAACUGUUAACGGGAUGGGGCAGGAGUGGUGGGCUCAUUCUUGCAAGAUCAAUAGAACAAAUCCAUGUCAUCAUGCUCCAACGGCUGUUACUUUUCAUAGAUGCAAUUAUUUGAAAGUCAGGAAUCUUUUGAUGGUAGAUAGUCAACAAAUGAACAUGGCAUUCACUAAUUGUGUUAGGGUUGCGGCAUCCCGUCUCAGAGUAGUAGCACCUGCAGUUAGUCCUAAUACUGACGGGAUCCACAUAAGCUCAUGCAAUCGCGUUGAAGUCAAAGGCAGCAUUAUCAGAACAGGGGAUGACUGCAUUUCUAUAGUUGGCAAUUCUUCGAGGAUUCGCAUCCAAAAUAUUGCAUGUGGACCGGGCCAUGGUAUAAGUAUUGGAAGCUUGGGAAAAUCAAAAUCUUUAGUUCAAGUGCAUGAUAUAAAUGUAAAUGGAGCAUAUCUGUCCAAUACUGAUAAUGGGGUGAGGAUCAAAACGUGGCAGGGAGGCAGUGGUUUUACUACCAAUAUAACUUUUCAGAAUGUGUGGAUGAAAAAUGUCUCCAAUCCAAUUAUAAUAGACCAGUAUUACUGUGAUUCGCGGCGGCCAUGUGAAAACAAGACUCUAGCUGUUAGAGUUGAGAGUAUAUCGUUCAUUGGCAUCAAAGGAACUUCAGCAACAGAGGAAGCAGUAAGAUUUGCUUGCAGUGACAGCUUCCCUUGUAAAAGAUUAUAUUUAGAAGACAUUCAUCUUGAAUCAUACUCUGGGGGAAUUACAAGAUCUUUUUGUUGGCAAGCCAGUGGUUCAACUUCGGGUUUGAUAUAUCCCCCUCAUUGUUUCUCUAAUGAUGAAAACUUCAUCAGGCAGAAAGUUUUCUCUAGCUCUGUUCUUCAGUCCAUUUGAAGAUUCUUCAUGGUUGCUAUUUAUAUUUGGAAAAACCAAGUUCCCGGAGCACGUCCGCUGCAGCUAUAGUGCAGGGCUUGACCUCCAAUGGUGACCGUGUAUAAUUGAGUACAACUAAACGAAAAAAAUCAUCAAAAUUAUAGUAUUGGGUUGUAUUUUAUUGUUGUAUAUAGUUUCACGUGUAUAUUGAUUGCAGAUUGUGGGUGUUUAUGGAUGUGUAUAAGUGUGUAUAUAUUGGAUGUUAAACUAUACUUCUAUGCGGGUAUGCAACCAAUUAAUUCCGUGUACAGCAUUUAAAAACAAUAAACCUUGGUUUUGUUUUACCUGGUAUUCUACAAUAAGCACUUCAUGUCUCUAA